GUAAACGCCAACGCGGUUUCCCACGCUUUCGACGCAAACUCGAAAUGAGUAGCACUAACACCAGUGAUAAGAAUCUUGCCGAUGUGGAGGAAGGGAAAGAUUCAAUAGCCUUUUUUUAUAUCUUUUUUGGGGUCGCCCUUUUCUUGCCUUAUUCUCUAUAUGUUGUUGUUUCCAAUAAUCCGGCAGCACUGGGAGGAUUCGCAUACCACCCACCUCUUGGUGCUAUCGCGCUGAGCGCCAUGGCUUAUGGUAUUUCUGCGCUUCAGCCUGCCAGGAAGCCCGAUGGAGUCGAGAAAGCACUAGACUUGCAUGGAUUUUUCAUUGGUCUCGUUGCCGUUCCCCUGGUCUUGAUCUCUGGAACCAUUAUGUACCAGCGGAAGGAGGAUAGAGGCCAGCCUCAUUACGUCUCAUGGCACGGUAUCGUGGGCAUCACAACAGUGCUUUUGGCUUUUAUCCAAGCCAUUUUUGGCGUCCUGUUAUCGUGGGGAUAUCUUCCUCGGAAAUUAUACCGGUACCAUAGGCAAUCAGGCUACGCGGUCUUUACGAUCCUAGUUCUUGCGUUCAUGCUUGGCGGCUUAUAUUCAAAUUUCAUCGUUCGACAUGCGUGGACGGCUACACGCUUCCUGGCAUACGGUCUAGGCCCACUGAGUGUGUGGGGAGGGGUCGUGGCACGCAUUCGGUCUAGAAAGCUGUGGUAGUCCCCAGCAUCAUUUCUCGCUACAGAGGGACCGCAUAUAGGUAGAUCGGUCACUUGGCCGGAGCCAUUUCGGUACUUUUGUCAUUCUCGUUGUGUUCUUGGCUCGUCUCCGCCUCUAAUGACAAUUGGCUGACCCCGAUGCCCAAACCCUCAAUGCUCAUCCUCACUGCUCGCUCCCAGACCUCCCUUACAUCAUAUCCGCCCGCUUUGGCAACUUCGUUCCCACCGAUAAUCCCAA